CAUGUAGACAAACAUCCACGCACACCCACCCUCAGUCCUACGGGCGAUUGAGUAUCUCCAGUCAACCUAAGCUGCAUGUCUUUGUUCUGUGGGAGGAAGCCGGAGAGAACGCACACAGGCACAGGGAGAACAUGCAGACUGCACAGGAAGGGCCUGGGUCGGCCCGGGCUCUUGUUGUGAGGCGGCAGCGCUAACCACUGCAUCAUUGUGCUGCCCUAUGGGAAAUAUAAAUGCCACAAAAUUUAACUUACACUACAGAACAGCGUUUUUCCUCAGUAGUACUACUACUUGAUGCUGCUUCUCCAUCAUCGGCCUGACAGACACUACCCUGGCCUUUCAUGGUCGGACUUUGCCCCCCGGUGGACAGACAGCUACUUCUGUCUAUCAGCACUGACUCCAUCUGUGACCGCAGCCCAGUUUUCCCACUGACAGAGUUUCGGUUCCAGUUAAUCAUCUCUGAUCUGUCCACACAGACACACACGUUCUACCUACACCUUUCAGUUAGAGCAGGAGUCUGUUUUUCCAGCCAUGUUGUGUAGGUGUCCCUGUUUGUUUCUUGUUGUUGUGUUGUGGGUUCCGGUCUGUGGCGGGCUCAUGACGAACCCCCACCCCAGCAUAUCAGACCAGGAGCUGUUCUGGGGCGCCGACCAGUACGACUUCUCCGUGGUGCUUCCUGCCUUCGGCCUGGAGUGUUUCUGGCACUUUGCUCACCGCGGAGAGAGGUUCUACCUGAACUUCAUGGUGCAGUGGGUGGCCGGACUCGGCCAUGACAGACACCUGUCGGUCACCGUCAACGCCCCCAGCGGUCUCUUGGUGUCGGCUGUUGAUGAUGCGAAGGGUCAGGUCGACUUUGAGGCUGAGGAAACAGGUUUCUAUCAGAUGUGUUUCAGCAACUUCCACAACCACUUCGGCACCAUGCAGGUCUUCCUCAGCUUCGGCGUUUACUACAGUGAUGAAGAUCGUGACAAGAGCAGAGAGGAAGAGAAGAGGAAGAAAGAGGAAGUUAGGAGAGACCUGAACAACACGCUGAGCGUCAUAGAGGAUGCCACCCACAAAGUGCAGAGCUACGUUUUCCACAUGUUCCGCUACUACAGCUCCGGCCGCAUGAGGAAGAGCGCCGACUACUUCCUGCUGCUGUCCAACUCGCAGUACAUCAGCUGGUGGUCGACAGCCCUCAGCCUCCUCAUUGUCACCUCCGGGUAUCUGCAGCUCCUUUUCCUCAAACGGCUCUUCAUCAGUAAGACAGGCACUGAGCAAGAGAAGCCCCGCUGCUGACGGACUCGCACGGUGUGGCUUUAGCCAGAGAGAGAAGCCAGUACCACAAAACACACCUGUGUGUGUGUGUGUGUGUGUGUGUGUGUGUGUGAGAGAGAGAGAGGAGUCUAGAGUCACGGACGCCGCCGAGAGGCUGCGUUGGCCGGGUGUCUUUCUGGUAUUCUGUUCUUGUAUUUCUUUAAACAGUAUAAAUAAAAGUUACACGGUCAUGUCAACAGUUUGUGAUAACCGACAGGUGUAGUCAGAUGUGAGUUCUGCCUUGUUCACUUCAGCCCACAAGGAGGAAUGUCUACAAUUCACAGCAGGAAGCAUGACCUGUGCUGAACCAGUGUCCUGUAGCUGAAUCCUAAUGUCAGUCACAGACGUUGUCAUGAACUUUGCCACCCCCUGUUGU